AUGGCAGGUGUCCAGGCUCAGGGUUUCUCUGCAAAAUGGGGAGUUGACCUAGGACACCCCAAACUGCGCUACAUGGCAUGGACUCUCACACCCAGAGAGGCCCCUGCCCUUGGGGUCCUGAUGGUCCUCAGGACACUGUCCCCACAGGAAGACCCGGGUCAGGCGCUUUCAGGACGGACCCUGAGCCUCUGCGCUCCUGCCCCUCCCACACCCACAGGUCAGCCCAAGUCGGCACCCUCGGUGUCUCUGUUCCCGCCCUCCACUGAGGAGCUCAGCAACAACAAGGCCACCCUGGUGUGUCUCAUGAGCGACUUCUACCCGGGCAGCGUGACGGUGGCCUGGAAGGCAAAUGGCAACCCCGUCACCCAGGGCGUGGAGACCACCAAGCCCUCCAAGCAGAGCAACAACAAGUACGCGGCCAGCAGCUACCUGAGCGUGUCCAGCCAAGACUGGAAGUCUGCCAGCGCCUACAGCUGCGAGGUCACACACGAAGGGAACACCGUGAAGAAGACAGUGGUCCCCUCAGAGUGUUCCUAG